AACCGCUCUAGCAAAAUUAGAGACCAUAAUUAAUCAAAUUAAUCAGCCCGAACCAACGGGCGAAACUCCUCAGCCUGAGCAACCCAGGCCUAACUCCCCAGUAGAUAAGCCAGAGAACCCUAUUGUAGAAAAUAAUAAAGAGUCUCAGGAAAAUAUUGAGGAACUGCCUCGUCUUCCUUUGGACGAAGCAAAAAUUAAAGCCAAAAAGGAAAUCGAAACUCUAUUUGACCGCUACGGAGUUCAAGCCUCCCAACUAGAUACCGGGCUAAUCAAAAACGCCAUUAUUCAGCAGAAUAAUAAAAAUAACCAAAGAGUUGCUAAUCUUCCCUUGGAUGAGGCAAAACAAGCAACUCAAAAUGAAAUCCAAGAAUUACUACAAAAGCACCAGAUAGAACUCAGUCGCUUAGACAAAAGCUUGUGA